AUGUUGGUUAGAAAGUGUCCAAGGACUAAUGGCAUUGGAGACAACAAUGUAGCAGUUCUAGACUUCACAACUCCGAAUCAUUUUGACAACAACUACUUCAAGAACCUCCUCAACAAAAAGGGACUCCUCAGUUCUGAUCUCGUGCUUUUUAAUGGUGGAUCUACUGAUUCACAGGUUAGAACUUACAGCAAGAAUAACAAGGCCUUCGAUUCUGACUUGAGUUGA